AUGGAGGAUCUAAAUGGUGAUUAUUUUGCUCUAUUAGUUGAUGAAUUUUUUGAUGUGUCAUGUAAGGACCAAAUGGCUAUUGUUUUACGAUAUGUUGAUAAAAAAAGAUUUGUAGUGCAAGCAUUUACUGGACUUAUUCAUGAUAAAGAUACUAGUGCUUUAUCUCUGAAGAAAACAAUUGUUAAUGUGUUUGCUCAACAUUCAUUAAGUUUAUCUUAUGUACGCGGACAGUGUUAUGAUGGAGCUAGCAAUAUGCAAGUUUCAAAAAAAUGCGUUCAAGUGGGAGAACUUGUGUUAUUGGUUUCAAAUAUUUUGAAUGUGUUGGGAGCUUCUUUUAAACGAAUGGAUGAAUUACGACAAUCUCAAAAAGAUAAUUUUCAAAAGGCAUUAGAUAUGGAUGAAAUAAAAAUAGGUAGAGGCAUGAAUCAAGAACUUGGUCUUAUUAGAGCCGAUGAUACUCGUUUGGUAUCUCACUACAAAGCAUUUCAAAACUUUAUACUUUUGUUUGACUCUAUUAUUGAUGUACUUGAUAUUCUUGUUGAAGAUGCAAAUACUUUAGAUGAAAGAGCUAAAGCAUCAGGAUAUCUUAGAAGUUUUCAAACUUAUGAGGUUGCUUUCAUGUUACAUUUGAUGAAAGAUAGUUUGGGAAUCACUUAUGAUCUUAAUAUAUCACUACACAAAAAGGAACAAGAUAUUGCAAACGCAAUGAUACUUGUUGAAGUAGCCAAAAAAAGGCUUCAAAAACUAAGAGAUGAUGGAUUGGAGACACUUAUCAACAAAAUAUCUAUGUUUUAUAUCAAACAUGACAUCUUGAUACCCAAUUUUGAUGAGCCCUAUGCUAACUCUGGAAGAUCACGACGUAAAAUUGUUGAUCAUACUAUUUUACAUAAUUUUCCUGUGGAAGUAUUUUAUAAGAUUAUUGAUUGGCAACUUCAAGAACUUAAUGAUCAUUUCAAUGAGGUGACAAGUGAUUUGUUUCAUGGAGUAGCUUGCUUGAAUCCAGUUAAUUCAUUUUCUAGUUCAUCGGAAAAAGGCAAAAUGGUCUGGUAG